CGAAUUUGCUCAUUUAUUUACACAUUAUGACUAUUAAUCGCUUAAGAUUGGCAUGUAAGAGGAUUGCCUAUGCGAUUUAUGUCGAAAAUAAUCGUCAUAACAUUUGACCCAGUUACAGUGCCGUGUGCGUUGACCUAUGGAUGUGAAUGCGGACUAAAGCACGAUGUUAUUUUUAGGAAACAGCUUUGCAGAUAAUUAAAUAUUUAUAGAUACCGUUGGUGAUAUCAAAUUGUGUAAUAAAUUACUGUCGAAAGUAUCCGUGACCUUUUACAUUUUGAAUACUGUGGUACUACAGUUGUUCAAAUAAACACUAUGGAUGGAAGUUUUAUAACUCUUGAUAGAAAGAAGCAAAGUACAGAAUUACAGAUAGCAAAAACACUAUUUAGAUACAACUUCCUUUGAAGGGAUCAAUUUAAUCAUAGAAGUUUUAUUUAUAAACAUUUUCCAAUUACACAUUGAAUAAAAUGAAAUUAUUGUGAGGACUAAACAAUUCAGGUUGUGAUUUCAUAAUAAAAUACACAACUGAUGCAGAUAAAUAAAUUAAAAAUAAUAGCAAGCAUAUCAUCUUAGUAGCUAUACUGACAGGCUGAAUGUUGUGUACCAUUGCCAAAGAUUGCCGCCAAAAAUGAAUUCCAAAUUCAAAAGUCUUUAGAUUUUUCAAUUAAAAUAUUAAUCUUACAAUGGUUACUUAAUGUUAUAUUAAUAAAAACAAGACAAUAUGGUGUUUAUUUGACUGAAUCGCAAUAAGGGUGGGGUUUAAGUGGGCCUCACACCCUAGAGCCGUGGUGACACUCGGCAGUGAUGAAGAAGCAAAAUGUUCGCACUCUAUCAUUGAUUGUGUGCACAUUUACAUAUUUACUGGUUGGUGCCGCUGUGUUUGACGCAUUAGAGUCCACCACUGAGAGGAACAGAUUUGAAGUACUACAAGCUAUCGAGGGUAUGAUCAUAAGAAAGUAUAAUAUAACUGAAGAGGACUUCCGUGUGAUGGAGACAGUUGUAUUGAAGUCUGAACCGCAUAAGGCUGGACAGCAGUGGAAGUUUACCGGAGCAUUCUACUAUGCCACCACAGUGCUCACCACUAUUGGCUACGGGCACUCAACGCCAGCUACGAUCGGCGGCAAGCUGUUCACGAUGUUCUACGCGAUAGUCGGCAUACCUCUCGGCCUCAUCAUGUUCCAGAGCAUUGGUGAAAGGGUCAACAGACUCAGUAGCGUUAUAAUAAAGUCAAUAAAACGCGCGAUGAACUGCAAGCAGACCAGUGCGUCUGAAGUGGACCUCAUAUGUGUGGUGACCACUCUCUCGUCGCUGACGAUAGCUGGCGGAGCCGCCGCCUUCUCCAAGUUCGAGGGUUGGAGUUACUUCGACAGCGUGUAUUAUUGUUUCAUUACGUUGACUACUAUCGGUAAGUAUUUUUCUCUAGCCAAGCUCUAGCUACUGGGCAAAGGCCUCUCCCAAAUCCUUCCACG